UUGCCUCAAUCAUCUAUGGGCUAGCUAGAUAUUAUCACAAGCUUACCUGCACUGAAAAUACUUCUCUAACUAUAGUUAAUUCUGCUCCAGAGUUCUGGUUCUGCUACACUAUAUACUAGCACUGUACACAACCUCAAAUACAGAUUAAAAGAAAGUCACUAUUCAACUUGCACGUCCAGACAGCUAAGAUAUUCAUCAAGUGAUUGUAAGUCUACUGCUCACUCACCCUCAAUAAGGAGAUGUCUGUGGAUUCAGACUAUAUACUGAAGAGUGUCUAUGAGACUGCAUCCAUUGUGGGAAACAGCACUGUACCUUUUGAAGGCUAUGUCAAGACAGGAUGGAACGCCAUGACAGACAGAUAUUCACACUUCACCAUUGCUGUGCUUUUCUCUGUGAUUCUGCACGAGAUUACUUACUUCGGUCUAAGUACGCCUGGAUUUCUGGCCCAAUUUCUCCCCUUCAUGAGGAGAUUCAAAAUACAGGAGAAGCCUGAGUCGACUAAAGUGCAGUGGAAUUGUUUCGUUUACAUCCUACUCAACCACUUCUUUAUACAGGCACCUAUGAUAGCUGGGAUGUAUCACUUCAACUACUACAUGGGAGUGAAGUAUGAGUAUGAUGACAUCCCACGCUGGUACGUGGUGAUCCCUCAGCUGGUGGCUUGUCUGAUGAUUGAGGACACCUGGCAUUAUUUCAUGCAUCGACUUCUUCAUCACAAACGUAUCUACAAACACAUUCACAAAAUCCACCACCACCAUCAGCAACCGUUUGGGUUAACAGCCGAGUACGCCCACCCUCUGGAAACAGUCAUUCUGGGUAUGGGUUUCGUGUGGGGCAUUCUGUUCUUUGGGAAUCAUGUGAUCAUGGAGUGGUUGUGGAUGAUGGCUCGUUUAGUGGAGUCGGUGGAGGUUCACAGUGGCUACGACUUCCCCUACCUCAACCCCAUGCAUCUAAUUCCUGGAUAUGCUGGUGCUCGUUUCCAUGACUUUCACCACUACAACUUCAACGGUAACUACGCCAGUUCUUUUGUCUGGUGGGACUGGAUAUUCGGGACCAACAAACAGUACUUGGAGUACAUUGAGAAACAACCCAAGAGCAAAAAGGAGUAGUUUAUGAGACUGACAUAUAAUUAUAUCAGGGAGAUUUUUCUCUUGAUUGUUACUAUUUAUUUUGACAACCACACAUGCAUGCAUAUCACUCCACUAACUGUUUGGUGCAUUAAUUUUUAUACUUAAUAUCAAUUGCACACCACACAUACAAGUAAUACGCAUAUCUCUGACUCUCACAUAAUUAC